CGCUCCCAAACAAUCUCACCCAACUGGCCUUACUGCACAAACCAAAAUGGCAUACACAACACAAGCCGAGUUCGACGAGGCCCUCACCACCGUUCGCGCCACUUUCGCCAGUGGGCGCACCAAAUCCAAAUCCUGGCGACGCCAACAACUCAAACGCCUCUGGUGGAUGCUUGAAGACCAUCGCCCAGCCAUCCUGGCCGCCUUACGGGCGGACCUACACAAAUCCACCGAAGAAAGCACACUCGUCGAGAUCGGGAUCAUGCAAACGGACAUCCUGUACACGCUGAAGAAGCUGGACGAGUGGACGGCGGACGAGAAGCCCACGCGCCUCGACCCGAUCAACUUGCUCGGGGGUACUGUCGUGCGGACGGAGCCUCUCGGCGUGACGCUGAUUAUCGGGGCGUGGAACUGUCCCGUGCAGUUGGCGCUGCAGCCGCUGAUCGGGGCGAUUGCGGCGGGAUGUGCGGCGAUUGUGAAGCCAAGUGAUGUGGCGGUCGCAGCGCAAGAUGUGCUCACGAAAAUUAUUCCAGAGUAUCUGGAUGGGGAUGCGAUCCGGUGUGUGACGGCGGGUCCCAAGGAGAUGGAGUAUAUUUUGCAGCAGCGGUUUGAUCAUAUUUUCUACACCGGGUCGGCGAAGGUCGCGAAGAUUGUGCAUGCGGCGGCGGCGAAGCAUUUGACGCCCGUGGUAUUGGAGUUGGGCGGGCAGGGCCCGGCGAUUGUUUGUGAAGGGGUUGAGGUUGAGAAGGUCGCGAAGAGGAUUGCGGGGACCAAGUUUUUUCUGGCGGGACAGGUCUGCAUUAGCGUCAACCACAUCCUUGUGCACCCCUCCAUCCGCGACGCGCUCGUCACCUCUCUGAUCCACUGGUUCGAUACGUUCAACGGCGGCCGCGAUGUCAUCCCUGAAUACUCCUGCCACAUCGUCAACGAGCGCAACUUCGACCGCCUAGAAUCCCUACUGGCCCGCACAUCCGGCACUGUGGUCUACGGCGGCGUCCGUGACCGCUCUACGCGCUACUUCGGCCCGACCAUUGUCGUCGGCGUUCAGCCGGACGACGUCCUUCUCACCGAGGAGAUCUUCGGUCCUAUUCUUCCAGUGAUAGACGCGGACCUUGACGCCGCCCUUGCCUUCACUACCUCCCUCGAGCAUCCGCUCGCGCUGUAUGCGUUUACCAACGCCCAAGCGGAGAAAGACCGCAUCCUCCAGGAGACGACAUCCGGGGGCGUGACGUUCAAUGAUUGUCUGCUGCACGCUUUGGCCAGGGAUACGCCCUUUGGUGGUGUCGGGCAGGCGGGCAUGGGCUCCUACCAUGGUAAGUAUGGUAUUCAGGCGUUUUCGUAUCGGCGGACCGUGACGAACGCCAUGCCGGCGAUUAUGGAGGGCGCGCUCGAGGCGCGAUACCCGCCGUAUACGAUCGAGAAGAUGAACAAGAUGGCGCCUCAUGUGAUGGCGCCGUUCGACCGCGAGGGCAAUGAGAAGAUGUCGGUGGGGAAAGUGAUUGGGGCAGUCGGGGCGGUGGCCGCUCUCGGUGCGUCGGUGUGGUUCGCGAGGGAUAGGAUUCCAGGAUAUGUAAGGGGGUGGAUGCGGUAGGUUCUUGGUGUCUUUAUGUAAGUCUGCUUUGUUAAGUUAAUUAGUUAGGUGUAG